AGUAUCGACGACGCGUUGCCUGCGCAUGUAUAAAAUCGUUUUUCCUUAUUUAUUUAUUUUGUUGUUUAUAGUAAGAAAUACAGAGGAAUAAUAAUCCUCGUCGUGAUGUGUGGAUAGUUAAUUAUAAAUAUUAAAGUGUAUAUUUAGAAACAUGGGUGACUGGUAUAUGUGUUUUGUGGUCACUUUGCUUCUGGGAGUAGUCUUUUCAGAAAACUGCCAAACACCAUUGGGUGCGAUCAGUGAGUGCGUCUUGUUGUACGACUGCCCACAGCUAGUGAACGCGUUCAAUCAGCGCCCAUUGCCUAAUAGAGUGGUCACCUUUUUAAGAAACUCGCAAUGUGGCUUCGAGGGGUACACUCCAAAGGUCUGCUGUGGUCCGCUUCCAGAAGACCAGGGAACCGAUACAACGAGGAGGCCUGUUGUAACAACACCAAUAGCAACCGAUAUAGAUCCUGCGAACGAAGAAGAUUCUUCUCCAGCUCGUCGUGGUGAAUGCGGUGUAGAUACUAAUGGGGAUAAAAUAUUUGGUGGACAGAUUACGGAACUAGACGAGUUUCCAUGGAUGGCAUUGUUAGGAUACCGAAAGUCCGAUGGAAGAAGAACCUACCAAUGUGGCGGUGUACUUAUCAAUCAUCGAUAUGUGCUAACUGCAGCGCAUUGUAUUACCGGUGCUGUUGAAACUGAAGUUGGAACUCUAGUUACUGUAAGAUUAGGUGAAUACGAUACUCAAAGUGAAAUAGACUGCAGUGAUGGCGUAUGCGCAGAUCCGCCACAAGAGAUAGCUGUACACAGGACAUUCCCACAUCAAGGCUACGCAGAUAGAAAUAAAAACAAAAAGGACGAUAUAGGAAUCGUCAGGCUAGCUAAAAGAGCAAGAUAUACGUAUUACGUGAAACCCAUUUGUUUGCCCGAUUUGAACACUAGAGUGGGUCCUGGAUUCGACGUAUACGUGGCCGGCUGGGGGAAAACCUUGAAAGGUUCCAGUAGCCCGGUAAAAUUGAAGUUAGUAUUACCAAUAUUCGACAAAAAUGAGUGCGUAAACAAAUAUAGAACACUGGGUGCCAAUUUGAUAGAAAGGCAAAUAUGUGCUGGUGGAACGUUCGCUGAAGACGCAUGCAGAGGUGACUCCGGAGGUCCGUUAAUGAUGAAAAGACCUGAAGGUACAUGGGUGUCAGUUGGCGUGGUGUCUUUUGGCUACGGAUGUGGAAGAGACGGGUGGCCGGGAGUAUACACGUCAGUGGCCAGUUACACUGACUGGAUCCAAUCCGUGUUGGAGUCGUCGAAUCAGUAGGAACAGUGAAUAACUGUAUUUUCUCUCCUGUGAUUUUAGAUAAUAUUUUCUCUUGAGAUUAAAUUUUUAUUCCUUCAUGUUACAUUUGUAUUCUUUGCUCACUGUUUGUCUUAUGUUUAUUUUCAAUUGUCUUAAUUUUAUUUAUUUAUAAUAUGUUGUUCUAUGAUCUGAACGAAAGACUUUUUUGAAAUUACACGUUUUGAGAGG